GACAGUUUCGGGGAGAACAUACACAAAGGCGCUGGGCAAGCAUUCAUCGUACACCGGAUCGCGCACCGUGGAGCGUGGCACGAUCGCGAGAUUUCUACUGUUCGGGACACCAUUUCGCAACUACGAAGCAAUGGCGCAACUCGAUAAUCCGAUACACAUAACUCAUUACAUCAAUCCGCACUGCUUCUACUACAAGCCGGAAACUGCGUACAUGCAGGAACACGAGCAAGCCAAGUUUGCUGCCAUCUUGAACGAGUUUUGCGAAACCGAGUACGGAAUGCUGUAUGACAGCGCUCGGAAUCCGCAAAUGUGGAAGUUGCCAAAACCGGGCGAUCUGGUAGCGAUGCGCAGCAAUCAGCUAGAGCGAUGGAUACGCUGCGAGGUGGAGGAAGUCGCGGUCGACCUGAACCAAAUCGUAUGGUACUAUCUGUGGGCCAUCGAUGAGGGUUUUCCGAUUAAGUCGGGCCACAAGUACAUACGGCCUCUGCCGAAACCCUUCGUGGAUGAGUCGGCGCACGCGAAACGAGGUGCCAUCAUAAACAUUCUGCCGGGCGAUACACGAUACGACUAUGUAGAAAAUGAGCAAAUCACAGAGCUCAGCACCAAGUGGUGCCCGGGAAUAGUGGGUAUAUUAGAACUGAUGCUUGAGCAUGCAGCUAGCAUUUCGUUUGUGUCGAAAACGACGCAAGUAAUCCAUGGUGAAGCUAUUAACUUUGGCGAGCUGUACAUUACCACACAAACCAACGUUACACACAACGUGGCCGAACAGCUUGGUGCAGGCUGCCCGAACCAGAUGAUAGUAGCACAGGGCGCCAAGUUCUUUCGAGAAAUUGAGAAAUUACCAGCAUUGAACAGCAAACGAUAUCUCAACAAUGAAGGACUCGACAAUCACUUCGUGAACAAUUACGUAUCGCACUCUGUCCAGCAGAGUUACCAACCGACGAGCCUCGUAGAUUCCGACACGGAGGCGGACACUAAGGUGACACUGAAGGUACACGAGUGGUUGAGGCAAACGAAGGAAGCACGCGUUGCCAUACUGGAACAACAAAAAGCGAACGUUAGAGGUCAAAAGCAUGAAGCGCAAGCAAUGGAUGCUGCUGUUCCCGCAUCAGAGUUUAUUCUGCAAAAGUAUCUUGCGGAUGUCGCACAGCAAACAGAUGAAAAUGGACGGACGACUGUUUCGAUGGAUAAUCUCUCGCCGGAGCAGAGCAACGAAGCUGUCGACAGAAAGCCAUCGAAAUUGAUGGCAAGCGUAUACCGGCAUAAGACAAACUUGCUGCUGAAGAAGCAUUCCGUGCGCAGUGGUCGCGAGCAGGGCCAGUAGUUGAUAAUUAUGUUGCUUGCUCUUUAAUAUAGCUUUUAUUUAGCUUUUCAUACUCGUUUUAUAGAGAAUACAUAUUCGACCAACAGACAA